GCGUGUGUGUGUGUCUCUCUCUCUUUCUCUCUCAUACUUGGUAGUCAACCACCGUAAUGCAAAGUGUUCAUAUCUCCUCGUCGUAUGUGGAUUGCCCAUUUCGCAGUGAAAAAGGGCCUUGAGAAGAGAAAUUUGGUCCGUUUCCGAGAAUCCGAGAAUGUGCUUCUCAUAGAAUUUGACCCAAGAGGUGUGCUACCAAGUGAUCCUCGGUUCCAAAGUCAUCAUCCCUCUGCCAUGAUGGAAUCUAAUGGUUCCAUCGACUAUCAACCCUGUCAAUGCCAGGGAUUUCUCCAGCCCCUGUCAGGCCCGAGCACGUCGAACUCGGGCUUUGGCUCGAAUGCCAAUGGGAGCAGCAGCAGUAGCAGCAACAGUAACAGCAGUAGCAGAAAUCAUGGAGGCAGCGGCAGUCACGCAAUCGCCGGUUCAGGCAUGGCAAAUGGGUCAAGCUUGGUGAACACACCAUUGCCGCAUUAUUGCAGAGUGUGCAAUAUUCAGCUCAACUCAUGCCGGCAAGCAAAAAUACAUUCCUCGGGAAAGAAACAUCACAAGAGGCUGCAAUGUAUUCAGCAAUGCUGGGAAAAGAGUCAAAAAGUGGACCAAACUCCAACCUAUCGAUUACAAGAAAAUUCAAGCAAUAUCAUGGGCAAUCCCAUGGGAUUCAUUUCGUCACCCCCUCCGAAUCCUCAAAUGUUCCCAAAUUACAACCAUCUAUAUCCAGGAGGAGCAUAUGGAACCACUCCAAACUUUGUGCCUGGUGCAGGCUUGAUGGCCUAUCCCAGUGCCAAUAUCCCGGUUUCUACGUCGUGCCCUUCAGUAAUCCCUGGGGCGCACCCCCUGCCCGGUUAUGCCCCCCAUCCUUUCUUUGGCUAUCUACCCAUACCGACCCAACCCAAUGUGGACAUAGCACCAGUGCCCAUGGCUAUGAAUCCAGAUGUGCUCAAUCACCAUCACAUAAUGGCAAGUUGACCCACAGGGCACAAUAACCCAGGAUUCUUCAUGAACCAUGGGUCUUGUGCCGGAGGUGCCAAUUCCGGGGCAGAGUCGAACCGCUCUUUUGGAGAUACGAGCUCUCUCUUGAGUUCAGCUUCCUACUCAUCCUCGUCGCUGCAUCCGGGAUCAAAAUAUCCUCAGUAUCUGGCCAGGGGACGCGAAAACAUCCAUGGGCGAGGAUCGUAUGGCAGCGGAAGAAACUCUCUCGGUCGCCCUGGUCACAACCAGACCAACUGGAUGGGUGGCUCUCACCAAUCUCUGUACAUUAAUCCGAAAUCAGAAGAACAAGUCAACAAUGGUACCACCACUACCACCACCAGCAACAACAACAAUAACCACCACGGAAGCAACAUGCGAAUAGCUCAAGUUCCACGAAAAUCUAACCAAGACCCAUCAGAUUCAGGGGUGUUGAGCAAUACUCCGAUUCGUUGCGAAGUUUGUGCUGUAUCAGUCAAUUCUUCAAAUCAACUCCAAGCUCAUCUGACAGGCCAAAAACAUCGAGUGCGAGCCGUCCGACGAGGGUUGAAGACCUCACAAGCCAAGGCUUCUCCCAGCUCGUCAACCUUGACCUCGUCAGGAUCUGAAUCUGAGGCCGGGGGUGGCUAUAACCAUCGAACCAGGAGGUUGUCUUCCGAUAUUCAUCAGAUGAAAGCGCCAUCAGGCCAUUCGACUCGUCAUCGAAGCCUUACAUUUGGCGGGGUUCGCUCUGGUCUGAGUCGGCAUUUGUCGAGCAGUUGCCUCUCCAAUACUAGGAAUUCCCAUCCAAGUCGACCUUACUUCUCGCUUCGGAAGGCAUUUUCUCAAAUCACUCUGAGCAAAUCCCGUUCCUUGAGCUUGUUGCUUCAGGAUUCUCGACGCGAUCAGGACUCCAGUUGGUCUUACGAAAGCCAAGAGGAAAGCAGCUUGAGCGAAGAGGACGAUUAUGAACGAGAGGAACGACAACACGACAUUCGAGUCCAAGAGGAAAGUGAGGGUGAAGAACUCAAUCCGAUUGAACCCUCUAUUGCCUUGGCUCCUAAAGACCUGUCAUCAGAUGAGGGAGCUUGCCAAGUCGAUCCGAAAUGGAUUAUAAAGGGAGAACCUCGCUUGAAAGAUUCGGAAAUUCUAGACAACCCAGAAUAUCAAAAGCUCACGCAAAAGCAAUCGUCGAAGAAAGGAACACUUCUCCGAAAGGGUUCCUCGAAAAUCAUCAACAAUAACAACAAUAAUAAUAGCAAUAACAGCGAUGGCCGGCAGAAAAACACUUGUUUUGUUGCUGCCAAGUCUUCCCUAAGAGAGAUCCCCAUGUUGAAUAUGUUUCUACAAAGGCUUCAUUCGCCUCAAACCCGUGGAACCUACACCGCCCAUAGCUCUCCAUCCCACAUGAGGAACGCCAAUCUCCUGAGUUCCAAGUUGGCUGGCAGAUCAGGCAACUUUUCGAUGAAAAAGUUGAAUCUGACCUCACCCGACACGGUCCUCAAAGAGCACACUUCUUUGGAGAGUGACGGCAUGGAAGCAUCCCAAUCUUAGAUCACACCCAUGGGCCAUGGGCCUUUCGACCAACCGAUUUUCAUCAUUCAUUCAUGAAUUGAUGGCGUCCUUUCUUUCGAUCUUGUUUUCAUAGGUGUCAAUCUAUCUCUGGUAUUGAAUACAAUCCUUGUUUGUUUUA